AGUGGGCUGUGCCUUUCAGUUAUGAAAAAGUGGUUUUUGCCGGGUGACAGAAUGUACAUAAUUAUUCAUAUAGAUUACGAUGUCAUUUAAUUAAUUCUUGGUUACUCAUUUACAGUUCAAAGUUCAAAGAACGACAAUUGCGGCAUCUAUCUGGCAGAUUUAGAUUGUGAUAGGCCUACUGUUCCCCUAGUCCUAACCUAAUCAUUAAUGAUUUUGUGAUGAUUGUCACCGAGACUGUCAUAAAGAUUGAAGAUACAUGUAGAUGUUAAAGCUAAUGUGAAUUCAAUGACUCAAGUCUCGUGUGUAUAUUUUACAGUAACUAAACGGGAUUAGAUCUACUGAUAUUGGUUUUGCUGUUGGGCUUAUGAAAGAUAACAAAUAAAAGAGGAAUAUUUAUAUUUUAUUUUAGUGAAUUUCUUAACAUUGACGAUCUAAAACAAAAAUAAGAUUUUAUUUUUAGUCAGACAAAAUAAAACAUAGACACAAUCAUGUCGAUUAUACAAGUGACUGGCACUGGUAAAAGUGUGGCACCUGACAGAACACCAUUUUAUGGAGCACGAGUUCCAAGUGAAAUAAAAUCAAUUAUUAAACCAAUUAAUAAAUUAGACCAAGAUGUUUUCAGAAAAAUAUUAAAAUUGAUUGUAGCCUCAUUAGAAGGCAAUCCGGUUGAAUAUGAUGAUAUAAAACAGUUAGAAACAAACAGUCUAACAGAAGAAAUAUUAGUUGUAUUUUUUACAGGGUUGACAACUCUGUUAAAAUCAGCCCUUAAACACUCUACUUCGUCUUUAAAACAAGAGAUGUUUAAAGAUGAUUUAGUUGAAUUGCAAAUACCAAAAGUUUUCCAUGAUGAUUUAACUAGUGUUGUAUUUGGAUCAAGGAGACCAAAGAUUGAUUCACAUUCCAAUGAUAGUCGGCCGAGAUUCGCUCGAUUAGAAAAUUUAAAAUGGAGAGUAGAUGUAGCUAUUUCAACCAGUGUCCUAAACAGAGUACUAGAGCCAUCAGUUCAAAUGGAAAUGACGUUAAGUGAUGGAUCAAUUAAAACGUUUGAGGUUCCAACUUCAAAGUUCCACGAGUUACGGUAUAAUGUAGCUUUUAUACUGAAAGAAAUGGAGGACUUGGAGAAACGAAGUAUUCUUAAGAUUAAAGAUUAAAUACUGGUCAAAUGUUAUUCAUUUAAUUAAUUAUUAAUAUAAUGUUAUAUAUAGGAAUAGAGUAAAUAAAACAAUAUUUU